ACCAAAACCUCCACGUGGAGCAAUUCAUCAUAGUACAGCGAUUACCUUCUGAAGAUGUGCAUCUGGAGAGUGUCUUUAAUGCAAUUUCCCUCCUUGAAGAUAGCCACUAGUUGGUCGACAGUAAAACUUCUAAGAGCAGGCAUUGGAUCAAUACCAUCUAUCAGCACAAGUAUCAAUCAUUCAGUAACAGCUUCUUCUCACUAUUGUGUCAACAAAUCAAAGAGAAGCGACGACGAAUGGAAAUAUCGAAACACCACACUCGUACAUUUCAGACGAUGGUUUCAACGAAAAUUUGGAGAAUCAAUCAAAAUCAAUGAAGACAGUGAUUCCAUUAUAAACGAAUUCGAACUCAAGAAUGACGGAUCUCUCGAUACAGGUUCAUUUUCGAGUAUUGGAGUGGUCCCCUCUCUAUGCAAAGCACUUUCAGAUGAAGGGAUUACAACACCAACUCAAGUCCAAGAUAGAAGUCUACCGAUCACACUGUCUACAAAAACGAACUGUAUUAUAAAGUCAGAAACUGGAUCUGGGAAAACGCUCACGUUUCUACUACCAGCACUACAGGAGAAGCUUGUUGGACUGAGUACACUCAUUAUUGUACCCAGCAGGGAACUAGCUAUACAGAUUUUAUACCAAGCGAACAAUUUAUGCAAGAAUAUCAAGAACGAUAAAAGGAUUAUGGCCUAUUAUGCAGGCACGUUUAGUGAGGAGACUUUAGUUGAAAAAUACGCUGAGUUGAGACCACAUAUUCUAAUCUCGACUCCAAAGCCACUACUGAAAUUAUUGGAAACGAAACUUAAAGAUUUUGUGAAUAUCCAGAGAGUAGUUUUGGAUGAGGUAGAUAAAUUGUUGCUCCUACCGGACAAGAAAGCUAAAAUGAAGAAAAAAGCUAUCAGAGAUGUCCACGCUCGUGCAACUAACCUUGUUGUGGAAAAACUGCUCAAUCAGAAGCGCAAGAACUCACCACAAUUUAUUGCAACGUCAGCCACCUUGGACCAAGAUGUGGAGGAGGAGCUUCGUGAUUUAGGCUGGGGAGAUCAUCCGAAAAUUAUCAGAGUAUCUGAAAUCAUUACAGACAAUCCUCUAAUUUUGCCGUCCACAAUUCAACAUUGUUACCUAGAGUGUGACGACACUUCAACUCGUAAAACAAGAGAACACAGAGACAAAAUCGAUGCCCUAAUUGAGCAUUUUCAAUCGAGUGGUGACAAAUCCGCUCUUGUUUUCAUACAUCGUGGAGCUCCAAUCACACAGUUUGUGUACCAGCUACAGAAGAGAAAAAUACGAGUGGAAGCACUUCACGAGAAUGUUAAAGAAUCGAAUCAGUAUUCGAAAUUUCUCAAGGCUUUCGAAAGCGGUGAAAUAGAGCUUGUCAUAGCAACGGAGGAAACGGUCCGUGGUUUAGACUUCCCGUGGUUGAGUACAGUGUAUGUACUGGAGGUGCCGAGGACUGCUAACGAGUAUCUUCAUCUGUGUGGGCGUGUUGGCCGUGUGGGUAGGCGUGGUCGAGCGGUGGUGAUCACGGAGAACCCUCGGGAGACGAGACGAUUGGAGAGUCACUACAAGAAACUAGGAGUGGAGGGAGAGAUUGCUUAGUGUCAUAGGCUAAUGUUCCUAUUACAUGUAUCUUUCGUAUCAUGUUUCAUUAACUGCACUUAUAAAUGAUCUUUUGGACAUGCU